UCCUUCUGCUGCCGUUCAGAGGCAGUGUUACAUUGAGCAGGAUUCUGGUCAUAGCAGCGCUCCUGUAAAUAUCACACAGAAAGAGCGAUUCCACUGGCAGAUGCGAAGCGAUCUGUUUUGGGUGGAGUGGCUGAUGGCUCGGGGAGGUGCCUUUAAGGCAGAGUGCAGUGAAACAAGGAAACAACUAAGGACAGGUUUUAUUAUACUGAACCGUCCUGUCAUUAGAGAGUGCUGCCAGGUUAUGUGUUAUCAGCAGAUCAGAGCUGGGAAGCCUGGACUAGACGCGAUUAUAUUUAAAGAGGCUGGUGCUGGAGAGCACACUGACAAAGGGGCAGGCACUACAACAUGCAAACAGCGGUGCCCUGUCUCCUCAGCCUGGUCCUCCUCUUCUGGGGGUCCUGUGCCCUGGAUCCCACCUACCUACCCAGCAACCACAGCAUUGAUCUACCUGGGGCAAAGGCAUUUGUGAGCGAGUACAACGACACGGCAGAAGUCAUCCUUUUCAAGAGUGUUUCAGCGAGCUGGAAUUACAACACCAACCUGACUGCAUACAACCAGGAGAAACAGAUCAAUGCUUCCUUGGAAGAGCAGGAAUUUGUGGAAGCUUGGGCCAAGAAAGCAAAAGAAUUUUACAAAAUCAAGUUCAAUGAUACAAGCUUGAAGAAAAUCAUCGAGAAGAUUGGUGUCUUGGGACCUGCGAAUCUCCAACCUAAUGAAAGAAAGAAGUACAACACCAUCCUGAGUGAAAUGGACAACAUUUAUUCCACUGCUAAGGUGUGUCCACCAAAUCAACAGAGCAACUGCUGGUCUCUCGAACCUGAUCUCGUGAAUCUCUUGGCAACAUCUCGGAGUUACAAAAAGCUGCUGUAUGCAUGGGAGGGUUGGCACAAUUCUGCAGGAAACCCACUAAGGGACAAGUACACAGAAUUUGUGAAAAUGAGUAACAAAGCUUCACGGCUGGAUGGUUUUAAUGACACAGGAGCAUACUGGAGAUCGUGGUAUGAGUCACCAACAUUUGAAGAGGAUCUUGAGAAGAUCUAUGACCAACUCAAACCACUUUACAAUAACCUUCAUGCCUUUGUGAGGAGGAAAUUAUAUCAGAUAUACGGACCCAAAUACAUCAAUCUGAAAGGACCGAUACCUGCACAUCUAUUGGGUAACAUGUGGGCCCAGCGAUGGAACAACAUCUAUGACUUGAUGAUCCCAUUCCCCAGUAAAGGCAACAUAGAUGUCACUGAUGCAAUGGUUAAGAAGAACUGGAAUGCCACUCACAUGUUCAAAGUCUCGGAGGAGUUCUUCACUUCCCUUGGACUCAUCAAGAUGCCACCGGAAUUCUGGGAUUAUUCAAUGCUGGAGAAACCUGAUGAUGGGAGAGAGGUUGUCUGUCAUGCAUCAGCAUGGGAUUUCUACAACCGCAAGGAUUUCAGAAUCAAACAGUGCACGACCGUGACUAUGGAACAGCUCUUCACUGUACAUCAUGAAAUGGGCCAUGUGGAAUACUACCUUCAGUACAAAGAUCAACCAGUCAGCUUCAGGAGUGGGGCCAAUCCCGGUUUCCAUGAAGCAGUUGGAGAUGUAUUGGCACUCUCAGUAUCCACACCCAAGCACUUGAAAGAAAUCGGACUCCUGGAAAACGCUGUGGAUGACUACGAAGCCGACAUUAACUACCUCUUCAAAAUGGCCUUGGAAAAAAUCUCCUUCCUCCCAUUCGGAUAUCUGAUUGAUCAAUGGCGUUGGGGAGUGUUCAGUGGGCGGAUUUCACCAGCAAAUUAUAACUUUGAAUGGUGGUACCUGAGGACAAAGUACCAAGGAAUCUGCUCACCAGUUCCAAGAAAUGAGAGUAACUUUGAUCCUGGUGCCAAGUACCACAUCCCUGCAAACACACCUUACAUCAGGUACUUUGUGAGUUUUAUCCUGCAGUUUCAGUUUCACAAAGCUCUCUGCAAUGCUUCAGGCCAUACAGGACCUCUGCAUAAAUGUGACAUCUACAAGUCCCAGGAAGCUGGCAAAAUUCUCAGUAAAGCACUGAGUGCUGGUUCCUCCAAACCUUGGCAGGAAAUCCUUCAGCAGGUGACAGGCAUCGAUAAGAUGGACGCAGGUGCUUUGCUUGAGUAUUUCCAACCCAUCACUAAGUGGCUUCAGGAAAAGAACAAUGAAACCAAGGAAGAACUGGGUUGGUCUGAUUUUGCCUGGACCCCUCCAAUCCCUGAAGGAUACCCAAGUGGCAUUGACAAAAUCACUGAUGAAAAGAAAGCACAGGAAUUUGUCACCAAUUACGACAAGGUCACGGAGAAAGUAUGGUAUGACUACACAGAGGCCUCCUGGACAUACAAUACCAACAUCACAGAACAUAACAACAAAGCCAUGGUACGUCCUUCCUCUGUGAUAUCACACACAGUAGGUGGUUACAUUUGGACUCAAGGAUUGCGUUAAUCAACAUUAAAGACAGGACAUUUCUUGGGAGGAUAACCAUUUCACUAGUAAACAUCAUAUCAUUAA